AUGCCUCUUAAAUGCAUUCCCUGGAAUGAUUCGCCUGCGGGAUCUUCUGGUUACUUCUUGAAGGUGUCUUUACCGACUGGCAGGAGUCUUCUUCGGUCCACCCCAAUAAGACUAAGCAAGUCCAACAACACCAUCUGCUCUCUUUACACAAACCGCAAAGUCACACGAAAUCCUCUUCCGUACGACACAUAACCCGCUCGCUCCGCCUACCUGUCGAGAUACCCAAGAAGAAUCAACCCAAUCACCCCAACCAUGAACUUGAGACGUCCAUCCAUAAGGCGCCACGACUGUGCACCGCCACUAUAUCUCCAUCACAGACAUGGUUAGGGGCCAGUCUUUUCCCGGCUCGUUCUGGUAUCUUCCUUAUCUGUGCACUACCUAUCCAAGAAUUGAAUUACCAGUGGGGGCACUAUUGGCCUAGUAUGCC